AUGGAAGUCUUGGAGUCUUUUGUUUCGAAUGUAUCAUUAUCGGAUGUUUUUGAAGUUAGAAUUGGUAAUGAACCUCCUUUCAAAGCGAAAUGUGCUAUUAAAUUUGUAUUUUUGUUCAUAUAUGCUAAAGAAUCAACAAAAAUUAUCUUCAUUCCAGAUUAUAGUCCAGCUAUAAGCUUUGGGUCGAAGAAAUCCGGGCAGAUUCUGAUGCUUACACCUAUAUAUGAUGAAAUUAAUUCAUUAAUUUUUCUAGAGAGCGAAGUAUCUACAAGCAUUGACGCGUUUUUCAAUUUAUCAGCUGGAGCAAUUCUUGCACUUGAUAAAUUUUAUCAACUAUUUACAGAUUUUAUUCAAAUAAAACAUCAUUUAAUCGGUUUUAUUCCACCAAAGAUCGAAAGACCAAUACACUUAGUAUUAGAAAAGGAUCAAAUACUAUUUGAUGAUAAUGAAAUUGUUAUUUACACCUAUCAAAUUACUAAAAGACUUCAAUUCCAUAUAUUAGACAAUAUAAACGAUGAAUUUUCUAGGAUAAAACUCAUUAACUACAAUGAAGAUAACAUUCGACUACAAUUAUUCUCAGAAAAAGACGUUCUAGUUUUAUUUCUUGCUUUUUUAGUAAAUAAAUACAUAGCUACAGAAGAAAUAAAUAAUCAAAUCACAAAACUUAACUCAUCGCUAUCGGUUGAUGGACUAAAUGAGACUCAACAAGAAGAAAAUGAAAAUAAAAUCGGAUCUUUAGAAACAAAAGUCAAAAUAAACACGAAAAAGGAUGUAAAAGAGCAAAUACAAGAAGAAAUAGUUCAAAUUACAGAUAAUAAUCUAAUAGAUAACUCUUCAGAGAAAAAUGACAAAUUAAUUCAAGAUUUGAAAUCGAAAUUGACAAAUUACAAGCGAAAAGUUUAUACAAAUCAAGACAAAGAACCUGUAUUAGAGAAAAUCUCUCCAAUUCAAGAAGAAAAACAAAAAAUUUUUAUCCCAGAAAAUUCGAAUUUCAUCAAAUCACAAGAAAAUCUUAUUGAUCUAUGCAAUAACAGGUUGAAAUAUCCAUACGCCAACCUUUCUCAUUACUUUCAAACCCAAAAAAGUAUCCAAUCUUGUUUAUUCCUGAUUUAUCAUACAAUCCAAAUGAUCCACAUAAUUUUCUUAAUGCUUAUAAGUUAG